AUGGCCGUCGGGCCACCGACGGGAGGAUCCGGCAAUCCUCCGCACCACCACCCGGUGCAACCGCACCCGAUCCUCGCGCCCAGCCCGCUCUUUGCCUUACCGACGUUGAACUUUACUGCGUCGCAAGUCGCGACCGUCUGCGAAACGCUGGAGGAGUCCGGUGACAUCGAGCGGCUGGCCCGGUUCCUAUGGAGCCUGCCGGUGGCCCACCCGAACGUGACGGAGCUCGACCGCUCCGAGGCGGUCCUGCGGGCGCGGGCCAUCGUCGCCUACCACACCGGCCACUUUCGGGAACUGUACUCGAUACUGGAGCGACACAAGUUCACCAAGACGUCCCACGGUAAGCUGCAGGCGAUGUGGCUGGAGGCGCACUACCACGAGGCGGAAAAGCUGCGAGGACGACCGCUGGGGCCGGUCGAUAAGUAUCGCGUCCGGAAGAAAUUUCCGCUGCCGCGCACGAUCUGGGACGGCGAGCAGAAGACGCACUGCUUCAAGGAGCGGACGCGCAGUCUGCUGCGCGAGUGGUACCUCCAGGACCCGUACCCGAACCCGACGAAGAAGCGCGAGCUGGCCCAGGCCACCGGGCUCACCCCGACGCAGGUGGGAAAUUGGUUUAAAAACCGACGCCAGCGGGACCGGGCAGCGGCCGCGAAAAAUAGACACAACCAACCGCCACUGUCCGGGUCCGGGUCGUCCUCGCUGACGCCACGGCGGGGUGAGGGCGGGCCCCUGUCGCCGGUGGACACCGACUCCGAUUCGGACAUCUCGCUCGGCACGCACUCGCCAGUUCCUAGCAUGUCGAUGCAGCACAGCCCCAGCUCGUUGCCGGGCUCGAGCGAGGACCGGCUGCACGACGACCGCGAGAAGGACUUCCGGAGCAGCUUCGCCUCGCUGCACUCGUUCCGCUUCGGUGACCACCUGACCGGCGGCCUGUUACCUGGUUCGUUCAACAGCAGAUUCAUGCCUUAUCGUCUGGGCGACCACUCGCCACCGAUCGCCACCCAUUCGCCCCCCAUUGGUCUGACGCAUCUGCCCCUCACGCCGACGGUGUUGCGGCCCCAGCCCCACCUUCCCCACUCGCUGGCGGUCAGUGUGGCGAGCGGGUCGCUCGGCAUCCCGUGCAACCUGACAGCGGCCGGCGGUGUCCUGACGACGACAACGGGGGCGACGACGACGACGACGGUCGGCAACAUGAGCGAGUCGCCGAGCAGCAACAGCAGUGCCACGAGCGUGUCCCUCACCAACACCACCACGCCGACCCUGCCACCGGCACCCGGGAAGGAACAUCCCUGCGCCCCGAGUGAUCUCUCGGUGGCCGAUCCGGGUGGUCGCCCAGGGACACCGCAUUCGGCCGGACCCGUCCCCAUCACCUCUACCGCCACCACCGCCACCGCCAGUGCCCCUCCACUGCAGCCCAUGUCACCGCUGAGAAUACGGGUCAGCUCACCGUCGCGGUUGAACGCGGAGCUCCUGCACCACACGGCGGCAGCGGCCGCGGCGGCGGCCGCGGCUGCAGCAGCGGCGGCCGCCUCCCAGCCUCAGCACCAUCCGGCCCACCUCGCGCUGCACCACCCGCUGCAUGUGCACCACCCACACAUCCACCCGGGGCUCCCGCACGGACAUCCGGCGGGACAGCACCAUCCCCACCACCAUCAGCACCACCACCAUCACCAUCAUGCGGCCGCGGCCCUCAUGAACGGGCUCAGUGCCAGUGGGAUCGUGCGGAUCGUACCGAACCCCAUCACCACUAACACGCCGCUUACCACCACCACCACCUCGCUGCUCCACCGGCCGUUCUCGCCGUCACCGAAACCGAAGGAAGCCUCGUGA